GCAUCUUUGGUGUCAAGGUUUACAUAACAGCGCCAGAAGCGGAACGUUUCUCCAGCGGCGGGAGGAGCCGGUCGGAAGUUGCAGAGAGUGACGCCGGGUCUGGUCACUGUCACCGUGUGGAAGGCGGAGGAAAUGUUGAAGAAGGCUGGCAGAAAACCGAAAAAACAUGAUCCUGACGUUUGUAAAAGAGUCAAAUUAGAUUUGGAUGUUACCAGCACUGUUCUCAACUUCCAAAGCCCUGACAGUCUGUUUGAAAGUCUGAUCUCUCCAAUUAGUUAUGAAGAGUUCUUCAGGGAGUAUUGGGAGCAGAAACCAUUGUUAAUUCAAAGGAAUGAUCCUUCAGUAACUGUUUACUACCAAUCAUUAUUUAAGUUUGACGAUUUAAAGGAAAUCUGCAGCUAUGAUGUGUUUUACAGCCGAGAUAUUAAUUUUUGUCGCUAUAUAAAUGGUAAAAAAAAGGUUUUGAAUAAAGAUGGAAAGGUUAACUAUGCUCAAUUAAAGAAAGACUUUGAACAGAAGAAAGCCACGAUACAAUUUCACCAGCCACAGAGAUUUAAGGAUGAAUUGUGGAAGAUUCAGGAGAUUUUGGAAUGUUUCUUUGGCUCCUUAGUUGGGUCUAAUGUUUACAUCACACCACCAGAUUCUCAGGGUCUCCCACCUCAUUAUGAUGAUGUUGAGGUCUUUAUUCUGCAGCUGGAAGGAGAGAAACACUGGCGGCUCUACAAACCCACCAACCCUUUAGCUCGAGAAUACAGCACAGAAGCUGAAGACCGGAUUGGAAGUCCAACCCAUGAAUUUAUUUUGAAGCCUGGUGAUUUGUUAUAUUUUCCCAGAGGAACGAUCCACCAAGCAGAUACCCCAGCCGGAGGUUCAUUUUCUACUCACAUUACGAUAAGUACCUACCAGAACAAUACCUGGGGAGAUUAUUUACUAGAUGUGAUUCCUUGGCUGGUGUAUGAUUCGAUGAAAGAAGAUAUUGAACUCUCUAGAGGCCUACCUAGGCAAUAUCUGAUGCAGUUGAAUUCAUCAGCGGAUCCAGUAAAGAAACUAAGUGGAUUUCUACGAGGGCUGGCAGAUCGGAUUGAGAAUGGAAAAGAAACCAGAUCAUCGGAAAUGAGAAAAGAUUUCAUUUUAAACAGGUUACCUCCAUAUGCGAACAGCUCAUCAGGCAGUUUAGCACCAGCUGGAAAACUGCCCAAACUUGAUGAUCAAAUCAGAUUAAGGUUUAAAGGUCAUACCAUGAUUUUGCUUGAAAAUGAUCAAGAAAGGACAGAUGAAUCUCGAGAAAUGAUGGUGUAUGUUUAUCAUUCUCUGAAAAAUAGUCGAGAAAACCACAUGAUGGGCGCUGAAGACAAUGACGAAGAAGGAUGUUUUCAGGCGCAUGGCUUGAAAUUUCCUUGUUCUCACUUGGAGGCACUGAAACAACUUUGGAUUGGCGACAGUGUUUUUGUGCGAGAUCUCAAGGUAGACGCAAAUCAAGCAAAAGAAAACCUUGCAUUGUGUUUGUGGACAGAAAAUUUAAUUGAAGUGCAAUGAACUAUCAUUUGAGUUAGCUCAUUGUAGUUUGAGUGCCUUUUAACUGAUUAAAAACAUAGAA